ACCCACAUGGUGCGGCAGACCUCUCCUGUCUCACCGGCUGCUCCCCUCAGCAGUGUAUUUCAGUUAGACUGCCUGUUCUGCUCCCCACUCUGUCUCUGGUGAAUCCUGUCACCCUCCCACUCAUCUGGCCUGUACCCCGGUUCUUGUGUGUAUAAAUAAAUCUUAAAAAAAUACAAAAUUACAUAUGCAACUCGCAUUGUAUUGGACAGUACUGAUCUAGCCCUGCUAUAUCCAAUUUUAUUUUCCAUUCCUUCCUUCAGCAGGGAAGUUUCUGAGGGUCAGAAAGGAGACUGUACUUAAUUCCUUGAACACCAAGGGAGGCAUGGCUGUCUGGGUCACUGAAUCUUGGAAAACCAAAAUGAGGCAUAAUCAGCUGUGUUGUGAGACACCACCUACUGUCACUGUUCAUGUAAAAUCAGGGUCAAAUAGAUCACAUCAGCCUAAAAAAACCAUUAAUCUGAAGCGUCCUAUUUUUAAAGAUAGUUGGCCAGCAUCUGAAAAAAAUGCACACAAUAACAAGUCUAAACGUCCCAAAGGACCCUGUCUAGUUAUACAGCGUCAGGAAAUGACUGCUUUCUUUAAAUUGUUUGAUGAUGACUUAAUUCAAGACUUCUUAUGGAUGGACUGCUGCUGUAAAAUUGCAGACAAGUAUCUUUUGGCUAUGACCUUUGUUUAUUUCAAGAGGGCUAAAUUUACUAUAAAUGAACAUACCAGAAUAAAUUUCUUUAUUGCUCUGUAUCUGGCUAAUACAGUUGAAGAAGAUGAAGAAGAAUCCAAGUAUGAAAUUUUUCCAUGGGCUUUAGGGAAAAACUGGAGAAAAUUAUUCCCUAAUUUCUUAAAGUUAAGGGACCAACUCUGGGAUAGAAUUGACUAUAGGGCUAUUGUAAGCAGGCGAUGCUGUGAAGAGGUUAUGGCCAUUGCUCCAACCCAUUAUAUAUGGCAACGAGAACGCUCUGUGCAUCACAGUGGAGCUGUUAGAAACUACAACAGAGAUGCAGUUCAGCUGCCCCGGGGACCUAGCGCCACACCAGCUGAUUGUUCACUCUGUGGUAAAAAAGGAAGAUAUGUUAGACUGGGACUGUCUUCAUCAUCAUCUUCAUUUGGUGAUACAGUAGAGGUGAUGGAAAAACAGUCUCAAGAAUCACACAACUCAUUCUCAAUGAACAUAACAGUUGAUCCAUCUCAAGCUUAUAGCUGUUCUCAAGCCAAUGACCAUCAAUCAAACAAAGAAAAGAAAAAUAAUUUUAUGAAGAAAGAUAAAUCUAUGGCAUGGUUUACAGGAAGUGAAGAAUGAGAUGGUGCAACAAAACCAACUUGGAAUUAUUAACUACAUAAUAUCAAACUAACUGCAAGACAAGUGUCAAAAUGGGACAUAUAAGCAGUUUUGAAAUGUUACACUUUCUUUAGCUUUUGUUAUUUUUCAAAAUAAUAUGUAAAAGUUAUACGAAUCAUAGUAAUGGCUAAAAUCCCAAUUUAUGAAAAUAGUGAUUUGCAAUAUAAAGUUCUAUUUUGAUACUCUUCUGUCUUCAAAUCAGUUGCUGUCAUCUGAGGUACUCAGCCAAGUUGUGGUUUGAACUUUCUCAACUGGACAAGAAAAGCUAAUUAAGGGGAGAAAAAAGUAAGGUAACUAUAACAAUUAGAAGAAAACACAAUUUAAUAUAGCCAUUUAAUACUCACCAGUAUGACCAGUUUGCCAGUGUACAGGUCUAGCAAUAUAAGGAAAUGAUCCAUAUGGAAAAUCAGAAUAUGACUCUUCUGUUGUAAAACAAAAUAUAUAUUACAAGGUAUAUACUUUAUAAUUUGCUCACAAAACUGUUAAAACACAAAUUCCUUUCCUUUUACUGUUAAGUUUGUUUCUCUCACAUUUUUUUAAAGCAUUUAUUUUGGAGCUACUUUGCCAGUUAUGUUACAUAAACAAUUUGUCAGGGAUUACAAAGAUAAAUUUAAGAUUUUAUAUCCAAAUAGAUAAUUCAUAUCAUAAAUCAGUGGCUAUUUGGAAACCUGUCCUGGCCUAAAUAAUGUAUACAUACAACAAGGCCCUAAAUUUAGUUCUUUGAAGAAUUUUCUUCCUAGAAGCAUCUUAGAAGUAGUUACUUUGGGGAAUAUUAGCUCUUUGCAUAUCAGCUCCUACUAUAUUUUUUCCCUUCUAAUAAUCAUUGAUCUAAAUUUAGACAUUUCUUCCUUAGCAUAUAUCAGGUAUUUCACAAGUGACAAAAUAUGACUGUUACAGAAAACUCAGUUCUUCAAAGGUAUCAGUUUUAUGUAAAAGGCUGUAAAGAUCAUUAUUCUGUCCCUUAGGAAUUUUAAUUUAAUUUAAUUUCAUUUUAAUUUAACAGGAUCAAUACCACAUUUCAAUUUCUAUUGGAAAAAAAACAACAUAUCCCUGAGAAAUGUUUUUAUAAUUUAUUGGUGAAUACAUUCAGAAAUCCAUUUUUCUCUUAUUAUUGUAAACCCAGGCCUAAAUAAAAAAGAAGCUCACCAUGAUCAUCCUCUUGAGACAUCUCACCUUCAAUUUUCAUAUUCUUUUCAGAAUGUAGAUCUGUGUUGACUUUAGGUUCUACUUUUUGUACUAAAAUUCCAUUUUUCUGUUUUGCAAGACGCACCAACCAAUCUCUAACUAUAACUUCGCUUAUCUUUUCACAUGAGAGAGCAAGUUCACAGAUACGAAUUCCAUCUAAAAGUUCAAUAACCUGUGUGAUACUUUCAGAAAAGUGAAAAAUAUACUUUAAAUUUCUAUAUAAAUGAUAAUUAUAUAUAUAUUUAAGUUUACUAUCUCUCUUACUCAAAUGCAAAUGCUAUGGUUAAAUCAAGGGGAAAGAAAGUAAAAAUUAAAUUAGGGCACAUAAUAAGCUAUUUCACAGAAUACUAAGUAAAAAAUAUAUACAGACCAUAAUUUAACAUUAUUGUUAACAUUACACUUUUAAACUUUUCUUCUAAAAUGUCAGAAGAAAUAUACAUCUUACAUGACCAUUUAUGUAAAGGAUGAGUUAAGUAGCAAUAAAACUGUAUUUGGGACCCAUGUUGUAUAAUAGCAGUAUUAUGGGAUAAUAUAUAUAUAGCUAACUCAGUUACAAAAUGAACAGUUUAACCUGUUCAUUCAGGACAUAGACAAAGUAAAACUAUUUAAAAAUCACAUUACAAAGAAGAACAGCUACAUUACUCACUUUGCUAGAUAUACAGCACAUACACCACCCUGUUUAAGAUUUGGGUAUAAGACAGGCAAAGCAACUUGAGGAUUCAACAUAUCCAAAGCUACCUGUGGGGACGAGCAAUGAGAUCAGACUAAGUUCUGUUUAAAUAAAGUAUAGGUUUUCUGUUAUUGUGGUGAAAUUACACAUUUUUGGAAAGCAAUUACUCAAAAUAUUUCAUUUUUUUAGAAAACAGUACUAUAAACUGUCAUUUUACUGCUCUCAAAAAAGCUUAUUUAUUAUGCAGUUUGUGAUAUUACUUGACUACAUAAAAAUUACAGUGGUAUGUCUUACACUUGGUAAUACUGAUAAUACAGGAAUCUUCCUUUAGCUUUAUUUCAUAUACAUACAUACACAUAAAACAUUAAAACUUUAGUUCAGCUUUUGCCAUAUCACAAAUAUGCAUUUUUAUGUUCUAAAUAAAAUUUCUGAAUAUUAAUUUUAGAGAUUCUAAAAUAUAAGAAUCAUAUCUCCUUAGUCUUAAUUCAACUACAGAAGAUAAAUAUAGAUGUAACUCACAGAAGAUGUCAAACACUAAGUAAAUGAAAUUUAAAAAAAUAAUUAAAAACCAAAAAAAAAUCUGGUCAAAAUAGAAAAUGAGAAAUUUUUAUAGACAGAUAACUCCAGUAAAUUAAGUGUAGUUGGCACAUCAGAAUAUUUACUUAAUUAUAAAUUACAUGAAGAAGGCCACUAUAACCACAGUGGAGACAAAAGGGGGAAAAUGCUGAAGAUGAGUUCUGUGUUAAUGGGGAUGAGGUGGGAGUGGGGAAGGGACAGACUGUGUAGGAUCUUAGGGUUUGGCUUUACUCAGAAAGAGAAAAGCCUCUGUAGACAUUUUUAAAGAAUGACAUGACCUGGGUCUCCCUGGUGGCACAAGGAGUUAAGUCUUAGCACUAUGAAGCUAUCUUCAGUGACUGCAGCACAAGUUCAAUCCCCGGCCAGGGAGGGACACGCAUGGUGCAGCAGACCUCUCCUGUCUCGCCCGCUGCUCCCCUCAGCAGUGUAUUUUAGUCAGUCUGCCUGUUCUGUUCCCCACUCUGUCUCUGGUGAAUCCUCUCACCCCAUCCCACAACUCUGGCCUAUACCCCAGCUCUUGUAUGCAUAAAUAAUUUUUUUUUAAAUUUAAGACAGGUAGAUAAAAGGUGAGAAAUAAUAAUGAUGAAAAGUAUAGCUAACAUUUAAUGCUGACUCUACACACUUUACAUGAAAUAUCUCAUUUAGUCCUUAGUGGUAUUCAAUAGUACUCUCUGAAAUUAGUACUAUUAUUCUUAUUUAAUACAUGAGGUGACUAAGGCACAGAAAAAAUAAGUAAUUUAACCAUGAUUAUAACUGGCUAUUUUGAAGCCCAAGAGUGAACCAGGCUAAAUGGACUCCAAACCUUUUCUUUUUUCUACCAUCAUUUUCUCUUCUUGGAGGUAAUAAUUUCAUGGUCCUGAAGUUGAUAAUGUUCCUAAAUAAAUGUAUACUUUUAUACUUUUAUAACAUACAUAGCUAUAAACAAUAUAUGGUACUGUUUGUCCAGUUUUUAACUUUACAUAUAUGUGACCAUUCUAUACAUAUUCUUAUAUAAUCCUUUUUCACUAAGCACCAUGUCUUUGAAAUUUAUUGAGGUAGAUACAGUACAUUUAUUUCAGUAUGUCAAAUACUAUGAGUAUUCCAUCUGUCCCAUAUUCCUCUUCCAUGGUUAAGCUGUUUCCAAAAUUUGUUUGCAUUUGGUUUUGUUUUUAAAUUUAUUUUGGAUAAAGUACUUUUUUUCUUACAUCGUUAGUUUUUGGACAGUAUUUGAUUUCUCCCCUCUGUUUAAAUUUGAUAAAAAUCAUUUUUAAAAAAUUUUUUAAAGUUGUUUUUUUUUUUUUUUUUUAAGAUUUAUUUAUUUAUGCAAGCACUGGGGUACAAGCCAGAGAUGCGGGAGGGUAGAGAAUUCACCAGAGACAGAGCAGGGAGCAGAAUAGGCAGAAGGACCAAAGUACACUGCUGAGGGGAGCAGUGGUGAGACAGGAGAGGUCUGCCUCACCGUGUGGAAAUCUCCCUGAUUGGCUGGGAAUCAAACCUGCGCUGCAAAGGCUGCGGACAGCUUCACAGCACUGCGCUCAACCUGCAGCGCCACUGGGGAGGCCUGAUAAAAAUCUUCUAUUAGUCGGUUUUCUCUUCUUCUGUUUUGUCUCUGAUUUAACAUCUAAAAAUUUCAUUCAUUUACCAUCAUUUUGGAUGGCAGGAAUAUAGGCGAAUUAUAUAAAAGGCUAAGAAGAAAAAUUGAUCAGAGUUUGAAUUACACCAAGUCUUUCAAUAAAAAGAUCCUAAUUGGUCUUCCAGUAGAAGAGUAGCAGUACCAGCAGUUGAUUUAAGCUGGGGACAAGGAGAAUGGACUGAAGUGUGAAGGCCCAGGAGGGGAGAUGGCAGCUAGGAGAGGAAUUAAGUAGUCAAAGUGGACAAUUAUCAACUAGGAUAACAGUAACAGAAAUCAAGUGGUAGGAACACAAACAGAUACUGGUGUUUAAUAUAUACAUCUUGAUCUCUGGGCAAGUACCACCUUCAAACAAUAGUUUUACCAACUGGCGAUUUUUAGAUUUUCUUAAAGGGAAAUUUUUUUCUCACCCCACCCCGCACCUCUGGCUUACACUCCAGGUCUUGUAUGCAUAAAUAAAUAAAUCGUAAAAAACAAACAAAGUGAUCCUUAUUAAAUGUGAAAUGUCAUAGAACUCACUUUAGAAAACUUACCGCAUCAAAUGUCAAAGCUUUUAUGUCUUCAGUUGCUCCUGAAAUAUCUUUAUGAAUAAAAUUCACAUUGUCUGGCCAUUCUUCUACGUGACUCAUUUUCCAUGAAUCACGCCAGUGUUUGUAAUUCUUCUUAGCCAGUUCAUGGUGGUCUUUUCGUAUUUCAAAACUUAUGACUCUUCCUUUUGAUCCGACUUAAUUUAAAAAAAUAGGAUAUUUCAUAGUAUUAAUCCAUUUAGAAAAAUGUCAUGAUUUUAUUUUCUCAAAGGUAUUACGUGUAUGUGAAAAAAAUAAUCCAAAUAGUUCAAGGUUACAAAAGUUGCUGCUAUCAAAUAUCCAAUCUCCCUCUUCAAAGGCAACCAGAUUUCUAGUUAUUUACCCUUCUCAAAUGUGCAAGACUUUCUGUCUUAAGGCACAUUGUAAUGUACUAUAUACAUUGUCCUGUAACUUUGUUCUUACUUACCAAUACCAUUUAAGCAAUUAGCAAUCUGCAUUCUUUUCAAUAGCUACUAUAUAUGUGUGUAUAACUAUGCCAUAGUUGAUUUAACAGUCACCUACCAAUGAACAUUUAACUGGAUUUUAGUUUUAUGCUAUUACAAACAAUAUUGGAAUGAAAGUACUUAUGCAAAAGUCUUUGUACACAUGAGCCAAUAUAGCUAUAGAAUAAAGUCCUAAAAAUGGAAUUGCUGGCUCAAGGAGUAAAUGACUUUUAUUUUGAAAAGUUAAUUGCCAAAUUGUCCUCCCCAAAAAAUGACUCCAAUUUAUACUCUACCUGAUAGUGAUUAGUAUGCUUAUUUUUCCAUACUUUCCCCAACAAAGAGCUAUCAAACUUUUUAUCUGUCUGUGACAAUUUAAAAACUGAAUACAGUGUCUCAUUGUAGUUCUGUUUUUCUUUUGCUGUGGAUGAUGUUGGGUCUUCCAUAUAUUUUUAUGUAUCUCUGUAUAUGUCUGAAGAACUUUCAAACUGUUUAGCAUAGUAAAACUGGAGUUUCAAAACACUACUGCAUUUUAACUUAGGGCAAUUUUUCACUCACCUCUAUCUGAGGUGAUUUUAUACCAUUUGGAGGGUCUCAAAUUAAUCAGUCUAUAGUUUACUAACGAAAAGCUUAAAUCCCAGGACAUCUUUUGAAACGUAACUCCAGCUGCAAUUCAUCAUGUUGUCAAAGGAAGAAAAUCUAAUGUUACAGUAGCACAAACAACUGAAAAUAAUUAUGAAGGAAAAAAAUCUACCCCAAAGGUAAAUAGCAAUAAUUUGGCGAUCACUUAUCAUUCAUGCCAUGACAAUGCUCAAGCACUGGAAAUGUGAGAAUUAUAGGCACUUCU